AUGUUGUACCCCACAAGCGCGCUGCUUAGGAUUGCUUCAGAGAGCCGCGUGUCGCAGGGCCGCAGCCUGGUGCGCGAGCGGCGGCGCGCGGCGCGGCUGCUGGCGCUGCUGGCGGCGCUGUUCGCGGCGUGCUGGCUGCCCUACCACGUGCUGACCGUCGUCAUGGACUUCCUGCCCACGUCGCCGCCGCUCAUGACGCUGCUGCGCUACUCGCUGCUGCUGGGCCACGCCAACUCGGCCGUCAACCCGCUCGUGUACUGCUUCAUGACGCGUGCCUUCCGCCACUCGGCGCGCCAGCUGCUGCGGAUGCCUCGGCGGCCCGGCGCCGCGGGCGGGCUGGCCGCGCGCGCCCUGCAGCGCCGGAAAGUCCGCGCUCGCAGCGCCACGUCGUCCAGCGGCUACGACUCGUACCAGAGCCCCCGGCGAUGUGCGGCGCUGCCGCUACGAGCGCUGCGGCACGGCGGAGCCGCCGCCGCCGCCGCCAGCGCCACCGCCGCCGGUCAGCCGCCCGCCCACGCCGCCGCCUGCGCCGCCACCGGCUCCACGGCCCUCGGCACCUGCAGCGGCCGCCGCAGCCGGACUGCGGGGUCGGCCGGUCGACCUGCCCUGGUGAUUGCCGGACAAGGAGGCGGAUUUUCGCCCUGAAUCCAUCCUAAAUCCAUCACUCGGCAACUACCGGACGAGAACAGCUAGGCGUACGGCCUGUUCUGCUCGUACUUUUCUCCUGUCUGCAUCUCGUGCUUUUAUUCCUUUUGUAUUGUCCUGAAAAAUGACAUCGUAAUAAUGUAUGCGUGUGUUGGUCGUGCACUGAGAUUGGAACACAACAAAGAGAGCCAGUCUGAGAAAGCCUUGCGGCUGUUUUAAUCGCCGUCGUCCUCGUCGUCGUACCCCAAUUUUUGUUCUUUUAAAAUUCUUGUCUUGUAUACGUACUUUGUCAAAUACAAAAUGCUAAG